GAUUUUCCGUAGCGGUACAGUCCGCGCAAGCAGUGGUUCAAACUCUGCAGUACGAUUUCCAGAUUGGAACAAGUAAAAGAACAUUCCAUCCCUUCACGACGUCUAGCCCAUUUACAUAAAAAUUGUGAUUUAUCGAAAAGUGUGAAUAAUUAUUAUUAGUGAAUAACAUUAGCCCAGUGAUUUAACCUAAAUAGUGUUGCUCAUUUUUUAGACCGACUGUACCCAUACCGAACAUGCCAUACUUGUGUAUCCGGGUUGCAUACUUUCUUGAAAUAAGGAGCUUUUUCAAGUCAUGUAUGGAAAUUUUCUAGAAUAACCAAUAUUAGUUACCCACAGUUUAGUACACAAUAUUCACGAAGCCGGCAGUUUAAAACAGCAUACUUUUGUUUCUAGUUACCUGUCUCAUGCAGUACCCUACUUCAUAGCAACUAAUUUCUGGCAAAUGAGUUGAAUGAAAAGUGAUAAAUUCUCAAAUAAGUUGAUACGAUGCCGAAAAAAAUCUGCUUCAAUGUUGUGUAUGCUACAGGCGAAGAGGAAAAAUACAGAGCCUCGGAGCUGGAUCGCCAUGGGCCAUCAGUGAAAGGCUGGCAGUCUUCAAGGGACUGCAGUUAUCCUCAAGAAUUGAUCCUCAAGCUUGCUACAUCUGCCACUCUUCAACAGAUUCAGAUUUUGGCUCAUCAAUUCCUUAUACCGGAAAGAAUUGAUCUGUGGAUUGGACCUGAUGAGCCUGGAGAAGAACCCAAUACCUUUCACUUUGAUUACAUGGGAUACAUAACAUUAAGUGACAACCUUAACACAGAAUAUAAGAGUAGAGAAUUGAAGUCAAUCACAGUUCCAGCAUUCUGUCCAACGCUCUAUGUCAAGCUGAGACUACAUCAAAAUCAUAGGAAUGCAUUAAAUGUUUAUAAUCAGGUAAGCCUAGUCGCUGUACAACUAAUUGGAGAGCCAGUGGAGUCAAGCGAACUACAAAACGAGAAUAGAACUGAUCAAUCGGCCAAUUACAGUUCAACGUGUGAUGACUUGGCUUUUGAGAUGUAUGUGGACAAAGAUGUUGCAACCAACAUCAGAAAACUUGAAAGCAGGAAAUUUGUAGCUGUCCAAGAGGAGAGAUUUGAGUAUGCAAGGAAACUAAAAACGGCCAUGACAGAGCUGCGUUUAGUGGGAGAACGUCUGGGCAAGCUGGAAAUCGGGAAGAAGCAGGCGAUUCAAAACGAAGACUAUGCCAGAGCGAAAAAGAAGAAAGCUCAAAUGGAUGAGUACAGAAAAGAAUCUUACUUGGCGUUAAAACUGAAAGAGCUUCUAGAGGAAGAUGGGAUAGCAUGUUUGCUUUCUUGCUACGAUUGGCCUCAGACCACUCCUGGAACUACUCAACAGCCUAACAGUGAUCAGUCAGCUGUUUGUCAAUCUAAUCAAACGAGAGACCAUCAACAGCAUUUGAAUAUAAGUGAUGGCAGAGUCUCGCCAGCUCUCUAUCAAAGUCCAGUGUCGCCUCUCCAUUAUAGAGCUGGCGCCUCUAGCCCUACUGGGCCUCAGACCACCCCUGGAACUACUCAACAGCCUAACAGUGAUCAGUCAGCUGUUUAUCAAUCUAAUCAAACGAGAGACCAUCAACAGCAUUUGAAUAUAAGUGAUGGCAGAGUCUCGCCAGCUCUCUAUCAAAGUCCAGUGUCGCCUCUCCAUUAUAGAGCUGGCGCCUCUAGCCCUACUGGGCCUCAGACCACCCCUGGAACUACUCAACAGCCUAACAGUGAUCAGUCAGCUGUUUAUCAAUCUAAUCAAACGAGAGACCAUCAACAGCAUUUGAAUAUAAGUGAUGGCAGAGUCUCGCCAGCUCUCUAUCAAAGUCCAGUGUCGCCUCUCCAUUAUAGAGCUGGCGCCUCUAGCCCUACUGGGCCUCAGACCACUCCUGGAACUACUCAACAGCCUAACAGUGAUCAGUCAGCUGUUUAUCAAUCUAAUCAAACGAGAGACAAUCAACAGCAUUUGAAUAUAAGUGAUGGCAGAGUCUCGCCAGCUCUCUAUCAAAGUCCAGUGUCGCCUCUCCAUUAUAGAGCUGGCGCCUCUAGCCCUACUGGCGAAACAAAUAAGUGCUCAGCCAACUAUAGCUCCUCAACCAGUGCGUGGUGGAUCACUGAGACGGCGCAACAAAUCUUCCGCCUAGGCAUGGCAACCGGUCCUGCCGCCCCCAGAAACAGUUACGAGGCUUACGACGAACGCCUGGUUCCGGCCCAUAGGAACUUGCAUGCUGACUCAACCCCAGCAGCCGCUGCAUCUUCCAUUUGUAAGCUGAACGAGCGAGAGAGAAAACAAGCCGUGUUGCCGAUUGAUGUGUUUGGCAUGGCGCUAGUCGAGAAAUUCUAUUCCAAACAAUACACUGACAAGGAGGAGGGAUUGAGGUGAUUUGCGUGCGUGAAACCACCGGAACACAUGGAAGUGCAUUCUCCAAACAAACUGGCAAGGGCCGCUAUAUUUCUGUUGCAUCGUGCCUUGAGGGACAAAGUGUUUCUAGUCUACUCUGUCGCCGCUGAGGUCAUUAGGUACUUCUUCAGCGAGUUUGUACCUGGAAGGGUAACAAUGGCUGAGGUGGCAAAGAGUGUAGAUAAAAUACUACCUGAAUUAAUAUUGAAGUCAGGAGAUACAACUCCUAGAAUUCAUAAUAUGGCAGUCCAUACCAUUCUCAGUAUGGCAGAUACACGUGAUGUUAGAAGUCUUCAUGUUAUACCUGUUCACUUGACAAGAGUUGUUACAUCGAGCACACACCCAAGACUGGCACAAUCCCGUCUAGAAAUGGCUGAACAAUUGAUAAUCAAUCAUGGAAUAUCUUCAGACCAAAACAGUGGAAUGGCUUGCCGAACCCUGGCAGAAUUUGGAGCAUCUGGACUGCAUCACCCGGCCGAAGCUGUGCGGAAGGUUGCUGAACGGGUCCUUCUCUUAGUUUACAAAGUCAAUCCGAGGCUAGUGAGGAAACAGUUACCACCAGAUGAUGAUAUUACUAGACGCAACCUACUGUACCGCAAUCUCAUGCAGCAGUUUGACAAAAUCGAUCAACAGCGAAAAGAAGAAUCAAGUUUUGCAACACCCUCCAGCAGUGAGAAGCCGAAACUAGUGCGCUCUGGUAGUGUGACUGGAACUACAGCUACGUCAGCGGCCUCAGCUUCAUCAGCAACAUCAGCAGCUCCACCGAUCCGAGUGGCGUCAACCGGCGACUUCGCGCAAAUAAUGCAGAGCACUGCAAAACCGGCCGCGAGCGACUCGUCGUCCUCAGAAAUUGCGUCACCAGCCGAGGACCAAGAUGGCGGAUGCAGCAAGCAAGAUGGCCGCCAACAGUGCAUCUUCUGUCUGGAGCGACGUGACGACUUCACCGAGGAAGGUCUCAAUAUACAUUACUGGAAGUCAUGCCCUAUGCUCACCCGGUGUCACCACUGUCAAGAAGUGGUCGAGAUAGCAUCUCUCAACCAACAUCUCAUAGAUGACUGCGAUAAGAGAAAGCACUACAUCAAGUGUGAGACCUGCGGUGACGCGGUUAUGACCGAUAAACGAGAGGAGCACACUUUGGGAGGCAGAUGCAUACGUGGGGGUGGGGGUGGAGCCAGAUGUCCACUGUGCAGAAGUGAAGUGGGAAGCGCAGAAGUGACUUGGUGGAGAGAACACUUGACAUCUGUGGAUAGACUCUGUCCCAACCACCCUAGGAGAGCUUAUGUGCGCUCGGCGCUCAGCCGUGGUCGUUCUCCAGAAAGCACAGAUUCUGCAAGACACUCGUCUCUAGGUCAGGCUACUUCUAUCUAUGGUUAUUGUUAAACAUUCCCCAGCUAUCAUCAGGCCAAAAAUUGAUCAAUUGCAUAUAAGUUUUAUUUAAUCUUCAACUAUUUUAUCCAAAUCUAUUAUAAAGGAAAACUGUAAACUAGUCCAGACCUGACUACAUUAGCUACAGAUUAUACUGAAAACAAAGCAAAAAAUAUACAGUGAGGUUCACGUUAUAAUGGCAGUGUAUGAUUAGUAAUGGUAUUGCUAUCCUUGUCUAUCAUUCACAAAGCGGAUAGCGCUAUCUCUUUCUCGCUUUGCUCUCUUGCCAGAUCGUCUUCUAACAAUGUAGAAUUAAUAAUUAACUAAAAAAAUAUUUCAUCGUUAUUAUGGAAAUUCAUUAUGAAAUUAUUGAAAAAUAUAAUUUCUUACAAAAUAAAAUAUAACUGAUUAUUUUAAACGAGAAUUAACCUUUAAUAUUACAUCAAUAAACCUGUAUCAGCUACUAUAAUACAAGGCAUUGACAAGACAGAGGAUCGGCUACGUUUUUCUCCUAUCUUUCUCCACUGCCAUUAUAACGUGGACCUCACUAUAGUGAGAUUAUGAUAUUUUGAGGAUGGAUUUUGUUUUGUUCAAGCAAAUCUUUUUUUUGUGAAAAUUUGCUUUGGUGAAAAUCCUAGAUCAAAUUUGGAAGUUUCCUAUUCUCUUAAGAAUUUUCAACACACUUAGCUAUGAAUCUAAUAUGUCAGAAUUUGACAUAUAAUCUUGUCCAUAUAUAAUUAUGUGUAGAUGAAUAUAUAUUUCUGCAAAAGUAAGGCAACAAAAUGAAAAUGAAAUAAAUUGUCUAAGCACUACAAUUCUAUUUCAUCUGAAGUAGUUGCGAAUAUUUUCUUGUGUCAUUGAAAUUCGCACUUUUCAAGUAUGUUCAUUAAUUCAACUACAAUUGGGGGACUGGAAUCUAAUGCCAAAUCAAACUAGGUGCUUCCAUUUCAUCAAAUUAAUUAUUUGUUCGUAAUCUAUUUAUAUUAUAAUACAUAUUUAUGUAAAUAUUUCAUUCACUUGAUUAACAUCUCAACCUUCAAUAUUAAGAGUAAAUUAUUGCUGAUACCAUACUUAUAUUGUUGAUUAUAUUUAAUAACUUACCGUACGCUUAGUACUCUCAUUUUUAGAUUAUUGACAUGAAAAAUUAAUUUAUAUUUGGAAGUUGUGAAUUUCAAUCGAAAAUCCAUCCAUAGUCUAGCACAAUUAAUAUAUAGGUCGCUAUAAUUAUUAUGAAUAUUGUUUUUGUUGAUAAUAAAUUGUUUCCCAACGCACAUAACAGCUAAGUCGAUAACAUUUGUCCAGAAAACUAUAUUGCAUUCGAUGUAUCGAAGAAUAUUCUUUCAUCUGUGUAAUAUGUAAUAUUUAUGAAAUGGAUGUCCGAUAGGUACUAUUCAAGAAAAGAGAAAUAUAUGACUUUUCGAUUUAAAUCUAAAAAUAAUAUCCUAGUUUAUUAUUAAUAAUUUGUGUUUCUGCUCUCAUGCACUGAACGUAACAACCACAAAGUGGACUUAGUGUUAUUAGUUGAUGGAAUAGCCUACUUGUAAUUCAUUGAUUGAUAAAUAUCAGAGAAUUUAUCAAAUAUAAUAAUUUCAUGGUUAAUAGCAGUGUUACAUUGUAUGUUUCUAUUUCUAAAUAUUAGCUGGAUAAGUUACCAAUUAUUUAUUCCAAACCCUAUCAAUUUAAUAUAGUUACCUAUUAUUCAUGAUCCUCCUAGUGACGCAGAAAUCAAGAUUUUGUUUCAGCUUGCUUGAUUUGUGAUUUAAUUAUCUUUGUCAACGGUGCCUACAGUUACUCCAUUUUUUAAUAAAUUCUUCAAUCUAGUUCUGUGUU